AACACCUCGGAGUCUCGGACUCCCCUUUUAUCAAUUACAAGAAUUUUAAUUGUGGUGUGUAAAUUUCACAAAGAGUCCCAUUUCGUCGGGUUUCAAUGGCGUUCUCUUCAACGGUGCAUUUCCCCUCCCUCUGCCGUCUGUCGAAAGCAUCUACCUCUUCUUCACCAUUAAUUCCGUCCGCUUCGAUUUCCAUUCGAUCUUCUCCUUCUCAUAUUAAUCUAAAUAUUGUGAGAAAGAAUUUCUCAAUUCGCGCGAUUUCAACACAAGCAGCACCUACAUCUGGAGGAAUAGCACCUGCAAUUGAUUUGACAGAUAAUGCAUUGAAGCAUUUAAACAAAAUGAGGGAAAACGCAAGACCAGAUGACACUGUUAUGGAAUACAACGGUUUUGUCAUUGUUUGUGAUCCGAAGAGUCUUCUCUUCAUAUUCGGGAUGCAACUUGACUUUAGUGAUGCACUUAUUGGAGGAGGCUUUUCAUUUAAAAACCCGAAUGCUACACAAACAUGUGGUUGUGGAAAAUCAUUUGCUGCUGAGAUGUGAAGGAAACAUGUAUUUAUAGACCAUAUGAUGUUUAUACUCGAAAUAUAUAUAAAUUGAUACAUAGAUUGUAGUGGAAUCGC